CUCCCCACUUGACGAUAUGUGAACAAGGUCGUUCCGAAAAUUGGCCCACUUUGGAGGCCAGCUGAGAAUUAGGAGACGGCAGAGUCAUACUCUCGAAAUGGGGUCGAAACGCAAUCGAGCAUAUUUUUGGGCAAUUAGAUAGGCAGCUGCAAGAAUUGUGCAUGUGUGUGUGUGUGUAUUGGAAACCGUUUCGUGUUUCGAGUUUCGAGUGAUCGCCGCCGUGGCUGUCAUUAAUUCAAUGGCAAAUAAUUCAGCCAGUCGAGUGGAGUGCGAGAGGAGCACACAAAUCGUACAAAUCGAGAGAACGUGCGCUGCCGCAGUCCGCUGUCCGCUGUCCGCUGUCCGAGGUCCGCACUCUACGCAUAUUGAGGAAAAUAUUUCCAAUGAAAAACAGCAUAAGGCCAUUACGCAGCAUGAGGCCAACGCACUUGCAGCUACUGCUCAUGCUGCUGAUGCUGUGCGCUUCGGGAGAUGCACGUAGGUCGCGCAUUGGUCUGGAGGCAGCUGCAAGGGACAAUUUGGCGGAGCCAGAGAUGGUGCCCGUCGCCAUUCAGCUGGCACCAGCAUCAGUGCCUGAAAGUGACAAAACAAAGAGCACCGACAGCAGCCCAGCCGAUCCCAGCCAGAAGAAUGAUCAAUCAUUGUACGUGGCCAAUGCCAAUGCCAAUGCCAAUGCCGAUGCCGAUGCCAAUGCAGCAACAACAAACACCAAAUUGGCUGCCGAUGCCAGCCACGCAGACCCCGAUGCUCACACUGGCAUUGACGCUGACGCACCGCAGCCCUUUUUCAGAGAGGAGCAGUGGCCUGAGGAUGAGCAGGGGGAGAACAGCUCCCUGGCUGGCCAGCCAGAUUAUCAUAAUUACACUUGGACCGAGGAAUGUGACCCAGAUUUGUUGGGCUUCGAAAUUAUUACAGGCUAUGUUUUCUCCGCACCUGGCCGACUGCUGGACUCGCUGCCGGGCACACUGAUGCUCACCGACUGCCUGGAAUCGUGUCAGACCAACGAAACUUGUCAAUCCGUUAACUACGAAACUGGAUUAUGCGUUCUAUUUUCAUCGAAUGCUGAUAUUCUGCCCGGUUCCCUCACUAAAUCACAGUUUCCUGUUUUCACAAUUUACGCGCAAAAAACCUGCUUGGGCGUGCGUCCAUGCUCCAGAGCCUGGUGCAUCGAUCGAGUACAAAACUACAGACUGGAUGGACAUGCAAAACGAGUCGUAUCAGUGACAUCGCGUCGUGAUUGCCUCGAGUUGUGUCUUGGCGAAACGGAAUUCAUAUGCAGAUCUGCGAAUUACCAUCGUGAUUCGAAUAGCUGUACGCUGUCCGAAAUGGAUCGUUUUACUCUGGCCGGCUCGAACGCCUUCCAGGCACACCCGGGCACAGAUUACCUGGAAAAUAAUUGUGCCGAGGAGCCGAACAAGUUGUGCGAGUUCAAGCGUUUGCCAGGUCGCAUACUGAAAACUGUGGACUCGGUCUAUCAGGAUAUUGGCAGCGUGGACGAGUGCCGCGAGCUGUGUCUCAAUUCGCCAUACAGAUGCCACUCCUACGACUAUGGAGACACCGGCGACAUGGUUUGCCGCCUCUCGCAUCACAGCCGCGCCACGCUCUCCGACGUGCAGGACCCCUAUUUGGAGGUGCCAGAGGCGGCCACCUACGAGCUGUCCUCCUGCUACAACGUGACCAUCGAGUGCGGAGCCGGCGACAUGGUCGCUCGCAUACGCACCUCGAAGCUCUUCGAUGGCAAGGUCUAUGCCAAGGGCGCGCCCAAGUCGUGCGCUGUGGACGUGACCAGUGCGCUGGACUUUGAGAUCCGCAUGGGCUACCAGAAUCUGGAGUGCAAUGUGCGCCAAAGCGGCGCGGGUCGCUACAUGAAUGACGUGGUGAUACAGCACCACGACACGAUAGUCACCUCGUCCGACCUGGGUCUGGCCGUCACCUGCCAGUACGAUCUGACCAACAAGUCGGUGACCAACGAUUUGGAUCUGGGCGUCAAGGGCGAAGUGGAGACAGCGCUCUCUGAGGAGGUCAUUGUGGACUCGCCCAAUGUGCUGAUGCGUAUCUCAGCCAGGAAUGGCUCCGAUAUGAUGCGCUCUGCCGAGGUGGGCGAUCCCCUGGCCCUGCACUUCGAAAUAGCCGAUCAGCAGAGUCCAUACGAAAUAUUCGUGCGCGAACUGGUUGCCAUGGACGGCGCUGAUAAUGCGGAGAUAACGCUGAUCGACGCACACGGCUGUCCCACAGAUCACCUGAUUAUGGGGCCCAUUCUCAAGAGCGAACAGUCUGGCAAAACUCUAUUUACCAAUUUCGAUGCCUUCAAAUUCCCCUCAAGCGAUGUGGUGCAGUUUCGCGCCCUCGUCACGCCCUGCAUGCCCAGCUGCGAGCCCGUCAACUGCGAACAGGAUGACAUUACGGCGGAGUUCAGGACACAAACCUCCUAUGGACGCCGACGUAGGCGUGACACAUAUGAUCAGGCAGAUCAUCAGCGCAACAGCCGUGAGGUCAGACAGGUGCUAAACAAAACAAAUCAAGAGGAUUUGCUGCUCGUGCAAUCGAUACAGAUAACCGAUAAAUUUGGCUUCGCCAAGAAGCAGCAGGAGCAACAGCAGCAAAGGCAGACAAAUAAGCUGAAGGACUACGAUUCGUAUGACAAUGUGUUAUUUGUGAACGAGGGCGUGUCCGGCCUCUGUUUCGAUGGCAUCGGUUUCAUUGUGGCUGUGACUGUGUUUUUUGUGGCGCAAUUCAUUGUUAUCGCCCUUUGGUCGUAUUUGUAUAGGCGACGACAGGUCCAUCAGCCAUAUGUUAAUCAAUUUCUGAAUGGCGCCACGGACUACAGAGCCAACGGCAGCAACAAUAUCGCGUUCGGCAAAUAAUCUGAUAAGCAGGGCCCGAGAUCGAGCCCGAGCCCGAGCCAAGCAAGCUGUGCAAGGUGUGAGCGAAAAUGAUGUUAUAAUUCAUUAUAUACUGGGGUUUUUUCUUUUUGCUUCGAUUGCGGUAAACGAUGGUGGAAUCGGUGCAAAAUCAUGCAAUAUUCUAGAUAUACACAUUAAUCAUUUAAGAGACAUCAUAUUCGUAAAAUAUUUUAUACAUAGAAGUGAUAUUUCGAAAUUCUUUAGUAUAAAUUUUUGCAUUAGAUAAAU